AUGGGAAGGAUGAAUUUGCUCAGUGGUGGCAUUGGGGAGCUUCCUACAAAGGAGUUUCUAUGUGGUGGUGAAUUCAGUGAUGGCGGUGGCGUCGAAUUUGGCGUUGGCGGUGGCGGCAGUGGCGUUGGGGAGCAGCGGGGGUUGCAGGUGAGGAAGCCUAAAGAUCCACAAAAAAGAAAUCUGGAUGAUGAGGAUGAGGACAAGGACGAUAACGAUGAUGAUGAUGACCAGGAUGAGGACAAUGACAAUGACCAGGACGAGGACGAUGACGGUGACCAGGCCGAGAAGAAGAAUGAGAAGGCGAAAGAUAAGGAGAAGGAGAAGGACAAGGAGGAGUUAAUUGAAUGGGAAAACACAUGCUACAACAACAAGGAUAAGGUGCAAGAGGAUGAGCUGGUGGAGGACCUGGGUGACAUGCAUGAGGAUGAUCUAGAUGAGCCUGUGUCUAAGCCUAAGCAGAGCCACGACUGUGGUUUCCAUGUUUUGUUAUACAUAAAAGGAUUUGAAAAAGGUGAAAUAUUAAACUAUGACAAGGAAAAGUUGGAAAUAUUUAGGAUAACACUUGCAGCAGACCUCCUCACCGACAGUCGCAACAAAAAAAUAGCUACAAGAGAUCACAAUGAAGCUCCUACUGCUGAAGAUGAUUUGAUCAUGGUGGAUGAGGGUUUCACGUAUCAGUUGGAACAGUUCAGCGGUGCCUUUCAAGGGGCGGAAUAUGACAAUACCGACAUGGAUAAUGGUGGAGGGAGCAAGAGUUACCGUACUGAAGAGGAAAUGAAAAGCGAGAAAACUUCUGAGAGCAGCAAGAAAACUUCCGAGAAUAACAAAAACACUGACACUGAAACAGAAAAGAGAAAUGCCGACAUGGAUCAUGGUGGAGGCAGCAAGGGUGACCGUACUGAAGAGGAAAAGGAAAGCGAGAAAACUUCUAAGAGCAGCAAGAAAACUUCUGAGAAUAACAAGGACACUGACACUGAAACAGAAAAGAGCAAUGCCGACAUGGAUCAUGGUGGAGGCAGCAAGGGUUACUGUACUGCAGAGAAAAGGGAAAGCGAGAAAACUUCUGAGAAUAGCAGCAAGAAAACUUCUAAGAAGUACAGUGAAGAGGACAAUGAGGUUCGAGGUAGCAAGAGUAUGGAAGAGGGUGAGGACAGUGAAGAGAAAAAUGGAAAGCGAGAAGAUUUUUGA